AUGCGCUUGGCCACCCUCGGUUGCUUGAGCGUGUAUACGAGCGUCGUGCUCGCGCAAUACCAGAUUUGGGACAUCUGGCAAACAACAUGGGAUCGCUCUCCGGCCUACGGCCGUUUACCCAUGUCUGAGCCUAUCAACUUCGGCUCGCCGUCCGUCAUCGGUAGUGCCGACAUUGUUGUAGACGACACUCAGACAUACCAGUCUGUCUGGGGCUAUGGCGGCUCUCUGACCGACUCCUCUGCUUCCAUUCUGACGGCCCUUAAGACGAAUCAUCGGACACAGUACAAUACACUCAUGAACACCCUCUUCGAUCCAACGGAUGGCGCCCAAGCCGCGGGACUCUCUUUUGUCCGCGUACCCAUCGGCGCUUCGGACUUCUCGGCUAAAGACUACAGCCUCGACGACACCAGCGGUGACACCAGCUUCAACCAGUUCAAUAUCAACAACCAGCCAUCGGACGUCUUUGACAUUCUCUCCGAUAUCAAGGCCAUCAACAGGUACCUGCGCGUCAUCAUCGCUCCCUGGUCUCCACCCGCAUGGAUGAAGGACAGUGGCACCAUGAAUGGUGGUGCAUUGAAGACGCAGUAUGCUACUCAAUACGCCACUUACUUCCUCAAGGCCGUGCAGGGCUUCGAGAGCAAAGGCAUCAGCGUAUACGGAGUGUCCAUACAGAACGAACCGGAGAACGAAAACGAUAGCUAUCCAACAUGCAAGAUGCCCGUGAACAUCAUGGCUCAGAUCGGCACCGCUCUACGCACGCUCCUGAACAACAACGGUCUCUCAUCCGUGCGCGUCCUCGGGUACGACCAUAACUGGAAAGAUGCUGCAGGAUACCCCGUACAGCUUAUGCAACAAGCUGGCGACGCUUUCGCAGGCGUGCAAUUCCAUUGCUACAGCGGAGAUGUGUCUGCCCAGCAAAGCUUCCACACGGCUUAUCCGUCGAAGGAAAUAUACUUCACCGAGUGCUCGGGCACCUAUGGAACGGACUGGUGGUCUGACAUCAAGUGGUACAUGGACCAGCUCAUGAUUGGUGCACCCCAGUACAACAGCCACAACGCCAUGAUGUGGAACAUUGCUCUAGAUGGAUCUGGCAACCCUAAACUCCCAGGUACAACAAGUUGCGGGGGUCCUGGCUGUCGUCCGAUCGUGACAGUGAACACUGACGGGACGUACACCCUGCACCAGGAGUACUAUGCCAUGGCGCAAGCCUCCCGAGGCAUCCUCCCCCGUGACGCUGGUGGGCCUUUCGGUAUUCGCCUCGGUGUUACGGUUGGCGGCAACUUGGCAUGGGGCUUGCGUGUCGGGGCGUACGUGACGCAUCGUGUGUCCUCGACGGACUGGUUGCGGUACUCGUUGGUCGUCCUGAACUGGGACGACAAUGCGUCGUCGACAUGGAAUCCAGUUCCUAUCCAGACCACGAUCGAGUUCAGAGGUACCCAGGCUGUAUACACUUUCCCAGUCGGCGUCACCACGCUGUGGUGGUACGCUCCGGCCGACUCCCUUCACGCAAACGAAACGGUGGUAGUGAACACAGAUGAGGGUGCACAGCAGCCCUGGUCUGCUCCCGGUAUCUAG